UUCGAAAACACCUGACAGCCCUAAACAUUAACCGGCUGCGCGCCGACUUGUGAAUGGCAGCAGUUUUACACGUACAACAAGACGCCGGCUCGUAGAAGAAAAAAUUAUGUCCGCCUCGCUGAGCAGCAAAAGCACCCUGGUGUCCUCCAUCAUCUCGGGCCUUCUCAGCCUGGUCCUAUUCGCCACACUGCGUUUCUGCGCCGACUGGUUCAACGAUUCGCAGCUGAAGGUCUUAAUGGGCGGGUACCUCUUCUCCUGGCUGUUCAUCCUGAGCCUCACGUGCGUCUCCAACACGGAGAUGAUAAUCUUCGGCCAGGACUUCCAGGCCAAGCUGCUGCCCGAGAUCCUCUUCUGCCUCUCACUCACGGUGGCCGCCUCGGGAAUCGUGCAUCGCGUUUGCGCCACCACCAGCGUCCUCUUUUCCUUGGUGGGCCUCUACUUCCUGAACAGGAUCUCCACCAAGUAUUACUCCGUGCAAGUGCCAACCGUGGAUGCCCCUGCGGCGAGGAAGGGCGGCAAGAAGUUUAAAUGAGCAAGUCGAAUCUCUAGCCUGGGCUUUAUGUGCUAACCUAAACAUUCGAAUACCUAUAUUACACAUUAAUAAAUAACACUCUCUUAAA